AUGGCCCAAAAUGUUCGCCUUCCUUUCUUCAUUUUACAGCUUUUGCUGAUUGGUUUGUCAGUAAUGAGUGUCUUGGUAGGGCCUCGACGCCAUUUAGAGACUCAGAUAACCUUGCCAGAGAAGCCGGAACUUCCUUACAAGCCUCAGAUGCCUGAAGUGCCCGAAUGGCCCAAAAUGCCAGAGUUGCAAAAGCCUGAAGAGCCCAAGUAUCCUGAGUUGCCAGAAUCCGAAGUGCCUGAGAAGAAAAAACCCGAAUUAAAGACAGAAAUGCCCAAGUACCCUCGGUUGCCAAAACUCGAAAUGCCCAGGGAAGCUGAGAAACCCAAAUCGGAAAAGCUUGAGGUUCCUCAGAAAAGGCAAAAGCAUGAUUGCAAAAAGCCAGAGUUGCCAAAACAUGAAAAGCCUAAAAUACAUAAGUUGCCAGAGCCAGAGGUGGCUAAAUCAACUGAAUCGCCAAAGCCAGAGGUGCCUAAAUCGACUGAAUGGCCAAAGCCAGAAGAACCUAAGUGGCCCGAGUUUCCAAAGCCGGAAAUGCCCAAGGUGCCUGAGUUUCCAAUGGCAGAAAUGCCUAAGGUGCCGCAGUGGCCAAAGCUAGAAGUGCCCAAAUUUCCUGAAUAG